AUGGAUUCCAAGAGCCCUGUGAACGCAUUCGACAUAGCCCUCGAUAUUCAAGGCGUACUUGGUCUCACCUCGCCAGCAGCCAACCUACUCCGAACGUUCUUUGUAGCAACCGAUAACUUCGGCAUCACCUGCGGCGAGACAGGGUGGUAUGAUUUGCAUCCCAUAGCAUUUCAACUCUAUGGUGGUGUCUACAUUAAUCUGAUUCUACAGAUCAUGUUCUGUAGUUUUGUGCUUAGAUUUAUCGAAACUGGAAGCUCAGCAUGGUUUCUCAAGCUUCUUCCAAAGAGAAAGAUGCCAGCGACUCCAGCACAAUUAGACUUUGGUAUCGAGGGAAGAGAGUCUCCAAACUUCGCACCAACGGCAGAGCAUGAUGAUGACAUCCCUCUCAAGCCUCUCAAAGGGAAAAGUAAUGCAACUGUCCUUGUUCUCUCCAAGAUAACCAAAUUUUUUAAGUCACUGCUAGCAGUACAAGAAAUAUCUUUCAACAUCUCCACAAAUGAAACACUAGCACUUCUCGGUGCCAACGGUGCUGGAAAAACAACCACCAUCAACAUGAUCCGUGGUCUCCUCAGUCCCGAUCAUGGCACCGUAACCAUAGAUGGCAUCAAUGUCCUCGCUUCUCCUCAACAAGCACGAAUUCACACUGGCGUUUGCCCUCAAGAUGACGCAAUUGACGAGCUCACCGUCCGCCAAACCCUAAGCUUCUACGCGAGUAUCAAAGGUCUACGAGACGUCAGGGGAAAUGUAAACGGCGUGAUGCGCGCCUUCGGCAUAGAAACCUUCGCUGACCGCCUCAUUACGAAGCUCUCGGGCGGCACAAGAAGGAAAGUGAUGGUCGCGAUCGCCAUCCUCGGGAACCCGCGACUGCUGCUGCUGGACGAGCCUUCUACCGGGCAAGAUGCCGGUGCCAAACGUGUUUUGUGGAAGAUCUUGCGUUCGCUGAGUAACGAUCGCGCGAUUUUGAUUACCACGCAUAGUAUGGAGGAGACGGAAGCAUUGGCUACGAAAGUGGCCAUUGUCGAUAAGAAAAUGUUAGCUUCGGGUACGACGUCGCAGUUGCGAUCGCGUUUUGGAGGGUUCUAUCGCGUGCGGGCGGCUUAUGAGGUUGGGAGCGAGAGGGAAUUGGAGGCGGCUCUGCGGGUCAUGUUUGGCACGCAAGUGCGGAAUCUCAAGUGUGCGUUUAGCGAGGUGGAGUUUGAGCUGCCGUAUGAGAGGAAGAUGAUUGGGAGGAUUAUGCUGAGUAUGGAGACUUUGAUGAUGGAUAAGGAGGGUGUGCCGGGGAUUGAGAGGAGGAUUGAUGGCGAGGUAGGGCCAGGAAAUGGUGCGAGACAUGUGUCGAAGGUGUUGAGGGAUUAUACGAUUUCAGAACCAUCCAUGGAUGAUGUUUUCUUGAAUGUUUGUAAAGAGGCCGAGAGUGGAAUCUUGUAG